GUGUGGGGACUUGACAUUCGGGUAGCCGUCCUCGACUGAACACGUUCACCGAAGUACUAUAAAGCUGACUACCAAUCCAUAAGACAUCAGUGCUAUAGCGUCUGCUGAUUCAUUGACAGUGAUUCGUGAUUGACCCCAGUUUUCCAGGGAUUUUACACUAUUUUUACACAAUGAAGUUGGAAUUUUACACCCUCAGUGCUAUUUUCGUCUGUGCCGUGGAGUAUGUGUAUGGCAAAAAUGUCUCGCCGUGUGAAGAUGGAUUGUACUACGACGAAUGGUCUAAUGACUGUCGCACGUGCGCUGUAUGUCCAAUCAACACCAUCAUACUUACGCCGUGUGGGUUUUUCGAUGACACCAAGUGUGGUCCAUUUACAGACUUUUUCCAUUUCCAUCAGGAAUCGGGAAAAUCCUCGAUAAACAGAGCCUUCGUUCAGAUUACCAAAGACAGUAGCAGCCUGUCGUCUGCUCCAGGGUCAGAGGUUACCAUCUCCCCACGUGCCAACGGCAGCGGCACUUUUUUCGAGAUCAGCGAUGAAUGGUACCUCAUCUCGAUGGUUUUACUGGGAAUUCUUUGUUUCAUUUCCCUUAUCAUCGCCCUCUACAUUAUCUUUGCCUGUUUCGUCUGCAAGAAGGCCUCCGACAAAGUAGUCGUUUACGAACCAGAGUACAUCACGGUAUCUCAACAAGCAUCGCCAGGAAGCUACAAAUACCGCGAUACCUUGGUUACAGCGUCCCCGGAUAUACUGAUGGGUUGCCAGACGUCUUUGACCCCUGUUUACGAGGACGACGGACCGAUUACAAUGGGCAGCCCAAACAUCUAUAUCAACAAUCAUUAUAUCGAACCAAAGGAUGCCCUCCUUGGCCAGAUGAAAUAAACUUUUUAAACUUUACAACAAAUAAGUGCUAAAGCAUUCUGUGAUAUAAAAAUGAUGCUGUCUCCAUAUCCUUCAAGCCACGGAUGACUACUCCUUGCGCGUGACUUGACAUAAAGGCGCAGGCGCCGAAGACGUUAGUGACGUCACAUUUUACUAAUAGGACUUCUAAGCAAGAGAUUGAAUACAUGCUGUUUCUCGGCGAUAGUUCGUUCUUAUCGACCCCAAACCGGAAGUUCGUACCACGUUUCUAAAGAGGCAUGAUUACACAAUUCCCGAAGUCUUAUCCACAGCGCCGAAUAAGGAAGGUUUCUCGCUACAACGGUGAACACGAAACGAUUCUAUCACGUGAUUGUAACGCCAUGUUCCUUCAGUGUUGCCAAAAGUGAAUUUUUAACGGCAAAUAAUGGACAAUCUGUGUAUUUAUUUUUAGAUGUUUCCCACCUGCAGGUUUUUAAGUUACGCGGUUUAAAUGCUCAACAUUUUGAUAGAUAUUUAUUUUGAUAGUUCGUAGUCCUUAGCGUUUCUGCAUUUCUAGGAAAGAUGCAUUUAUUGUCAAAAUACAUGUUUGUUGAUAGUAGUAAUUUAUUUUUUAAUGAUUUUUAGUUCUAUCUUGACGUUAUUCCAAAUGAAUUUGUGUCUUAAUUUAUUUUGAUGAUAUUAGUUUUUAAGCAUUUUCAUCUAAGUAAGAAACGUUUCCUUUUAUUGCUUCCUUUGUAUCUGUAAAUUAUUUUUGUUUAGUUAAUUUAAUUUAGUUCACAUGUACAGUUCACAUGUAACCAUAGAUAGGACAUAACAUUAUCAACGUCUCGAAGUAUUUAUUUUAUUUUCAACCUUCUGUGAUAUUGAUUUGCGAAAAAUUAAAAAAUCAAUUAAAUGAA